CGCGGACGAACGCGCGAGUGUGGGCAGUGCAACGGCCAAACAGUCGAACAGAGACAUACGCGUGGCACAGAUGAGCACCCUGAUUCAGGACGUAUCUACCGAGAGAGAUGCGUCGGUCAAGCAUCGGCAGUGUGCUGUUACGGACGCCGCAACGUCUCCCGCCAGCCUUCCGUUGCGCGCAGCUUCUCCGUUCAAAUGCGACUCUCACUAUGGCCGGGUUGUGAUUACGGCCGCUCACCGGUUGCCGGUCAACGACGGCGCCUAUGUAGUGCUAUACUCUAUCAGCACCGAGUUCUCCACAGGUGAAACCGCUACCGUGACUCACCGAUACUCCCAGUUCACAGCCAUGCACGAGGCGGUGCUCAGCUACUUCCGAGCGGAGCACAUCCAGUUUGUAGCUAACUUGCCGUCUCUGCCGCCCAAGUCAUGGUGGUGGAGCAACCAGGCGUCUAAGAAGUUCAUCAGGGAUCGCAGGGCCGAGUUGCAGGUGGGAGUGGGUGGGAGUGUGGGAGGGAGUGUGGGUGUGGGUGUGGGUGUGGGUGUGGGUGUGGGUGUGGGUGUGGUGUGGUGUAUGUGUGAAUGAAUGUGUAUGUGUGUAGAGGCGUAUGGGUAUACCAAUGUGUAUGUGUGGGUGUGUGGGUGUAUGUGUACCACAUGUGCUGUUGUAUGUGUGC